UUAACCGUGAAUGAUUUGGCCCGCCUGCUAUCCGUAGCUGGACUCUUCAUUUCUUCCUUCCCCCAGCUAGCUAGCUCGCUAAUCAAACCCACAGCUGCAGAACGGAGGAAGACGGGAGGCUCGCUCACCAAAUCUGACUGGCUAGCCACAGUGCCGAUAAGAAUCAAAGGGACACCCGUAAUGUUAGUACCGGAAUCACCAAUGGUUUUUAUGACAACAGACGGUCAGACUCUGCUCUGGUAACCUUCGGCACAUCGCGGAAGCAUAAUUCAACGGGAACGGCUUUGACACGUCGCUGACAACAUGGCUGAGUUUCCCAUCGAUCAAAACAAACUGCCUGGAGUAAAAGAAGUGUGUCGAGACUUUGCUGUGCUGGAGGACCACUGCCUGGCCCAUAAUCUCCAGGAGCAGGAAAUCGAGAGCCACUUGGCAUCCAACGUCCACAAGAGCCGUCUGGUGCAGCAGGACGUAGCGUUGGCCAAGCAGCUGCAGGAGGAGGAGGACCGGAGGGCCCAGGCCAAGGCCAAGAGACAACACCGGGACAUAGAGCGCAGCGACAAUGAGAUUGCCCAGGAGAUACAGGAGGAAUUGGUUCGACAGGCGGAGCAGCAGCGCAAGCAGGAGGAGAAGGAUGCGGCCAUCGCUCGUAAGCUGCAGGAGAAGGAGAUGAAGGAGGAGAGGAAGCGACAGAAGCAGCUGGAGGCCAACUUUGAGGAGGAGUACUACGAGGAUAAAGGAGCCAUCCGAGCCCCUCUGGACCUGGAUGACAAACCCAGGCGACCUGGUUCGAACUCCCACUCCCCCGAGUCGCAUCCCCUUACCCCGGGCUCACGACGCGACCUCUCCCCCGAGUACGUUUCUUUUGAGCCUAGCAGGACCAGAUACCCCCCAUACGACUCUGUGGAGCCUAGCACCAGUGGACGUUCCAGGUCCCCUGAGCACCAUUUAGAGAGUAGAGGAGGCGGUAGUAGGGUCAAGCAUGGAGACCCAUACCCCGAGGACCACCUCUCCAAUAACAGGGGGAAACGUGAGGGCAGUUACCCAGACUACCACCACCCCACCGAGGGUAGAAGUAAAGGGAAGAGGGACCAGAGGGGCCGAGACCCCCAGGGGUCCCAGUCCACCUUCUACCCAGACAGCCGUGAGCCCAGGAGACACAGAGAGGAGAGAGGGGAUGAGGGAGAGCGGGUGGUGAGGAGGAAGGAGAGGCCCAGCCGGCCGCCCCCGCAGUCCCACAACCCUGUGGAGAGAGACGAGGCUUGGGAGAGAAAAAGAGAGUGUGAGAAAGACCGGCAAAGAGAACCCAGGAGAGACGAGGAGAGGGAGAGAGACGCACCAAGACACGAGGAGAGAUCGCGAGGCGGACAGAGACAUGGGCUGCGAUCGCAAGACCAAGAGCAUGGCCGAGACAAACACAGAGAAAAAGACAGACGCCGAGAGAGAACCAAGAGCAGGGAGCGAGGUCUUGAUGAAGACUAUUACGAGCCCAUACCCAGCAGCCGGGCCUGGACUGUUGGUGGGGUGGAGGGCCCUGGGGAUGAAGGGGGGCCCAUGGCCAGGCUCCACUCUGGCCCCAGUGAGCUGUGUGAGGAGGAGGAGGAGGCCAGAAGGAGCCCCCGCCCCGGCGUGAUGAGGGGGGAGAGGAGAGGUCACAGGGACCCUGGGGAGGGGCCCAGCAUAGGCACGGAGCGCUCCUACACGCACCCCGCUCCCAGGGAGCCAGGUCGUAUCGUGCAAGGGGGACCAGGGGGUCGCGGCGCAGUGGUGGUAGGAGGGGAGUACGGGAUGGGCGAGGCCACCCAGGGCAUCGCCCAGCUGGACCUGAGGGAGCAGGAGAUCCUGGACAUGGAGGUGGCCCGGAAACUACAGGAGGAAGAGGUCAAGGCGAGCAAGAUGGACAAGCGCGCAGCCCAAGUGGCUCAGGAUGAGGAGAUAGCCCGGCUGCUGAUGGAGCAGGAGAAGAAGGAGUACAAGAAGUCCAGGGAGAAGGAGAAGCAGGGGAUGAGGCCGGAAGAGAGGGGGAUGAGGCUGGAAGAGAGGAGGCGGCCAGAGGGAGGAGACUUCAAGCCCAACUCAGAGGAGGUAGUGCGUCCCAGGUCCCGAGAGGAGGAGUAUCAGAGGCACAGGAACCACCAAAAGCCUGCCAGACCUCCUCAACCUCUUCCACAUGACUAUGAGAAUGUGGAGACCAGCUACAGCUACUCAGAGAGCCACUACUCUUCCCGCACUCCAGCCAGACCUGAGUCUGCUUACAAAGGUACCUAUUACAGGCAGUGACCCAGGCUCCCUAAGUUAUCCAUCCGUGACUUUGUUGUUCCUUUUCUUUUUUACUCAUCGUUGCUGUAUUUGUAAAAACUCCCAUCACUUUAUAUUGACCAAGAGCCUUGGGACAAUGUCACCUAGUCGUUGGCGGUGGGAUUCUCCAGCAUGUCCAGUUGGCCGGGAGUUCGGGAAAGCGUGCGGCUGAGAGCAUACUCUUUUAUCGUUCCCUUUUUUUUCCAUUUUGGUUGUCUUCUUUCUAUUGGCGCAACAGCCAAGAAGACUCAAAGGAGAUGCUUUGUGAUAUUUAUCCUCUUGCUGGCUUUUAACUGUUGAAGAUGAUGAAGGCGUUUCUGUUUUGCUGUAGUUGUCGUUUGCUGGUGUUUCCGUCCGUCUGUGGAUCAUGCUCAUCAUGGUGAAUCAAUCCUUUGCUGGAUAUACUGUAUAACUGUGCAAUCUCCGUCUAUCUAUCGCUGUCUAUGGGAUGUGCCUGUAUUUGGAGCCGAAAUGGCCUCCCAUUGUACGUCUUUGAGCCAAGAUGGCCGACGCUUGUUUGAGGCAAAAAUGUCGGCGGCGCAGCUUUUUUUGCACUCCCAGGCUCCAGUUCUCCCGUCCUCGUAUUGUGCUGCGCAUCUAGGAUGAACAACGUGACAGGCCCAGUCAUAUGUGCUGCGCUGCAUAUAAUACUCCUUUUGAAAAGACAUAUUUUAGGAUUUUAUUCACAGGGGGGAGAAAAAAAGAACCUACUAUAUCAGGACGCUGGGUCUUUUGGCUUUGUGUUUUAAUGCUUUCCAGUCCAGAAGUGGAUGGUGAUCGUAUGUGGACUUCUGACUUGUUGCUGGCUGUAUGCUGUUUCCAUAUGUGUGUAUUUUUCCCUGUCUUUCUAAAGGGGCAUUUCCCUACUUGGAAUGAAGACUUGGGAGGUGGAAGUGGGGUUUUAUGGGACAUACUGCCAUGGUUAAGUGUUUUACGUGCAUGCUUACUGACUGUGCUCUCUUGUGGGCUGAAUUUCUAUCCUCUCUGCGAAACUCUGACACUCCGUGAGUCAACGAGAGCCCAAGCCACUGAACUCCAUCCAUUUUGUUUUGUGGAUGAUCAAAAUGCUUUUUGUAAAUAUUGCCCUAAUAUAUUUGGUUGUAUUUUCCAUCCAGUAUUUGAUAGUCUCAUCUGUUUACAUGCUCUCAGCGCUAAGACAAGUUGACCAGUAAGAAUUGAAUGCAUGUAUAUUGCACCUCUGUGCCAAACAUAAGAUUGUGGUGGUCUUGGCAGGGCUGUAUUCACUUGGAACCAAACAGGACAAAACAAGGAGGGACCUAACUGAAUUCGUAGAAAUAGAAACUCUGAUUUUUGUUGCAAAACAUUUUCCGUUGCAAAAUCUUGUUUUCUGUACAUUCCAUAAUAAAAAUGCAUUCUGUCUCGCUCUCACACACACACACACACCCACACACACACACACCACUCCUCUCUGACCGAGAGGGUUGUGUCACAUGAGUAAACAUUCCCAGGGUAGACAUGCAUGAGAGUGUGGAGGGAAGUUUCAGUCAUCCACGGAAUUAACAGGGAAAGUGAGAACAUGAUUUCAUUCUACUCAAAAGGGACCUAUUGACUCAGACAGCUGUGUUGAUAGGGUUCACUGCUCUGUGGCCAGUUGAGUCAUUUUCUCAUCAUAUUGAAUAAAGAUCACAAUAGUGGGAAUAGAGAACACACUUAGACGUCUAUUGUCCUACUGUAAUAGAGAUGCAUAUAUCAAAAGGGGUUACAGGAGACCAUAGGGACUUUUGGAUAUAGCACACCUCCCAAAUUGCACCCUAUUCCCUAUGUAGUGCACUACUUUUGACCAGGACCCAUAGUGCGCUGGGGGGGAAAUGUGUGCACUAUAUAGGGAAUAGGGUGCCAUUUGGGAGACUUGCACAUUGUGCCGCAAAUGGACAUGGCGCUAAUAAUUGUUUAUUUCACAGGUGGAAAGAGUAAAUCAGACACUGUUCCCAGUUUGAUCGACAUUAAAUGUUUAAUUAUGAUCCUGUCGUAUUUUAGAUUUUUCCCCCAUUGACCGAGCUUCUUUAUCCAAGUCCGAUGGCGUGCUUUGUCCGAGUUGGUGGCACCUGCCCCGGAGACUCUUCUAUACCCGUCAAGACAUUUUGAGACGUGUAAAAAUGUUCUGGAUGAGAUUUGUGCCAUUUUAAGGAUUAUUGUCAGGGACUUGUCGAUUAACGGGGAAUCCCUGCUCUUUAAAUUAAUGACUGUGGAGGAGGAUCAGUGUAAAAAAAAAAAAAAACUCCCAGAACUAAGGGAUGUAUAUAUAUCCUUUUGUCUGAUAAUAGGAUCACCUUGUGAACAUAUUGAAUAACAAAUUAGAACACGUACACCAUCGGAACAGAUAGUGGGUGCAUAUUGGUGAUUUGCUGUAUACUGAUUUGUGCUAUAUGCUGUGAGCGCAAAACGAACUGAAAUCGAGUCACGUUUGAACCGUUUCGCGAUCCAGGGUCUGUAUGCGGCCUACAAAAUCAAAGACGUGUGUGUUUUGGCGCUUACUGUGAGACUCUCUUGUAUCAUGAACCGAAUAAACGUUUUGCUUUUACCAUCUCAAAA